AUCGCAACAAUCACCCUCUCCAACCCCCUCAAACUCAACAUCCUCACCUCCCCUCUCCUCCACGCUCUAAUCUCCGCUCUCCGCUCCCUUUCCUCCCACCCCACUCUCCGCUGCCUAAUCCUCACCUCCUCUCCAACACCUCAAUCCAAACCCCCAUCCUUCAUCGGCGGCGCAGACAUCUCCGAAAUGCACGCCCUCACCACCCCUGCCUCCGCUCAAACGUUCAUCCGCAACAUCCACGACACCUGCGCCGCGAUCCGCACUUUUCCCGUCCCGGUCAUCGCGCGCAUCCACGGCCUCUGUCUCGGCGCGGGCUUGGAACUCGCUGCUUCAUGUGACUUACGUAUCGCAAGUGAGAUCAGCACAUUCGGUAUGCCGGAAGUCGCGGUGGGUAUCCCCUCCGUCGUGGAAGCUGCUCUUCUCCCUGGCUUGAUCGGAACGGGACGAACGAGACGGUUGGUAUAUCUCGCUGAAACGAUCGAUGCGAAGGAAGCGGAGCGGUGGGGAUUAGUAGAGGAGGUCGUUGACGGUGGGGAGAUGGAGUUGGAUGUGGCGGUGAAGGAGUGGACGGAUCGAUUAGUCCAGAUGGGACCAGCCGCCAUUCGGGCGCAGAAGAAAUUAUGUCGAGGCUGGGAACAGGCGGGCGGAGUGGAAGAAGCGGUGGAGAUGGGAAUUGAGGCGUACGGACGGAUGUGGGAGGAUGGAGGAUCGGAGCCGAGGGAGUUCAUGGGGAGGUUCGUGAAUCGGAAGAGGGACAAG